AUUUCUUAUUCCAGUUAAUUAUUAAUCCACAAUGAUAGCACAACAAUUAGCUUGCAAGUUACGUUUACCUCCUUUACCCACGAUAAGAGACCUUGUGAAACUUUAUAAACUCAGAGCUCUGAAACAGAUGUCUCAAAAUUUUCUUAUGGAUGAAAGAUUAACAGAUAAAAUCGUGAGGGCUGCUGGAAAUAUUGAAGGGCAUUAUGUUUGUGAAGUUGGACCUGGUCCCGGAGGUAUUACAAGAUCCAUAAUACGCAAAGGUCCUCAGCACCUUGUAGUUGUUGAGAAAGAUAAGCGUUUUAUGCCUACCUUACAACUUUUAGCCGAGGCAUGUCACAAUUCAAGCCGAAUGGAUAUUGUAAUAGAUGAUAUCUUAAAAUAUCAAUUAGCAGAAGCUUUUCCAGGUGUACCAUCUUGUGAUUGGAUGUCUCAUUCACCACCGAUUAACAUAAUAGGUAAUUUGCCUUUCAGCAUAUCCACAAUUCUUUUAAUCCAAUGGCUGGAAGCUAUAUCUAGACGUGAAAGUAUUUGGCAAAAUGGUAGGGCUACAAUGACUCUGACUUUUCAAAAAGAAGUAGCAGAGAGAAUUGUCGCUCCUAUCAUGUCCAAUCAACGUUGCAGAUUAUCUGUAAUUUGCCAAAUAUACUGUGAUGUCAAACACAAAUUUACUAUACCAGGAUCCGCUUUUGUGCCUAAACCUCAAGUAGAUGUUGGUGUUGUUCAUAUCACACCUUGGAAAACACCGAAAACUGAUGUACCCUUUAAAGUUGUAGAAAAAGUAUUGCGUAACAUAUUUAAUAUGAGACAAAAAUACUUUGUCAGAGGCUUAGAGACAUUGUUUCCAGAAGAAAAGCGAGAGACACUAACACAACAAGUUUUACUACUGGCUGAUAUGGAUCCUACGAUAAGACCAUUUCAAAUUAGUAAUGAGGAAUUUGUUCGCAUAAUCAAUGCUUAUAAUGCCCUUGCUCUUGAUCAUCCAGAUAUUUUGAGUUUCGACCAUAGGGCAUGUAAAAAGCUUAAUUCAGAUGUUCAAGUGUAGUAUAUAGCCAU